GAAAUGAUUUUGGAUGUUUAGGGACAAGCAAGAGCUUGAGAUGGGACAGUGGUUACAUCGACACCCUACAAAGCAACUCAUGAGCAAAAUGAUAUCAUAUGUUACCAUGGUAUUAAUGGUUACCAUGACAACACUGAUAGCUGGUCAGAAAUGCCCUGUUACAAAACAUGAUGUUCUAGACUUUACCAAGGAACUUGGAGACCUGAACUUUGGUUGUACGGGACAAGUCACUAAAUUGUUGUGUUGUACAUCAGGGUUCACUCAACUUACGUGGUACAGAGUGGAUGUGAAUUCUAAACAGUGGCUAGAGUAUCCAUUUGGUAAAGAUCCAGAUACCAUUGAAUUGCACUCUAGAGAAGAUGGCAACCAAACAUUAAGCAUCAUGCGUUCUAAUUCUGUGACAGAUUCUACGCAAUACAAAUGUAUAGCCACGGAUGGCAAGAAAAAUAUCUCAAAUACAUGGGAUUUAAAAAUUCAAGGUUGUGAAGAUUGGAGUAAGCCACCACUUGUGACAAUACCAAAGAGUACAGUGAGAAAAAAUUACCAUAAGUGUUCUAACGUGGGAGGCAACGUCACAUUAUGGUGCGGAGCUUUUAUGGGAAAUCCGGGACAAUUGGGAUACAAUUAUGGAAUUUGGAACAAAGUCAGGCCGAAUGGAACAUCAUUUCCACUUUCAAACAAUCCAAGAUUUAACAUGACAAAUUUGUCUCGUGAUGCAUCAUAUUUGGAGCUCAGGCUUUAUAUUCCACAUGUGAUCGAGGAGGAUUUUGGUGAAUAUUUCUGCGCUCUUCAGAAUAUGAAUGAACCAUCACGACGUGUUAAUGCAAUUCUCGAGAAAUGUCCACCUAAACCUCGACCAAUACCUUGGAAGUUAUAUGUGUCAAUCCCAGUGGCUUGUGUGGUAGGGGUCACCAUUCUUUCUGUAGCAGUGAUUACAUGGAAGGGAGAACAGAUGAAGUUGUGGUACAUAAACAAAUUUCCUAAAAUUGAUAAGACAGUUGAGAAGAAAUAUGACGCCACUGUUGUAUUCGAUGAGGAAAAGGAUAUGAAACUGUCAAUUAAAAUCAACGAGAAGCUUAUAAAUUUGGGCUACAAAGUUCCAUUUACCAAUGAAGACUAUUUGAUUGGUGGAAGAUCAACUUUCAAUGAUUGGGCGACAAUGAUAUCUGAAUGUCGAUGUGUGAUUUUCCUUGUGACGAAGUCAUUCGUGAAAAAGCAGAUCCCCCUGAGGGUCUUCCAGGAAACUUUAGCGACACCCCCAGGUCCUAUUAUUUGCAUUACUGAAGGGAAAAUCCGAAAGGAAGACAUAUUGGAUGACUUUCAAGAGAGUUUUUCAAAAUCGUUGAAAGCUGGAACAAAAUUAUGUUUACCAACUAUGGACAAAUUAGAUAAAGCGACAAGAUUCUGGUGUAGGCUACAGAAUAAUAUGCCAUGUAAACUUCUCUUGGUUCAGAAGGCCCGUGAAUUAAAACAGAAAAAAAAAUUGAGGAAAAGAGGUCAACAACCGAGUUCCUCUAGUCAGCAUCCAAUGUUACAUGAUGACAUGGUUGAAGAAGUAGUUCAAAACGGAAAUGCAUUAGGGCAUGAAACUGUGGAUGAGGUUUUCAAUACAAAUGAUAAUGCUAUUGGUGGGGCUAAUGGUAGUUCAGCCAAUAAGACCCAUGAUGUCAUAGUUCAUGUUGACCAAGAUGUAACCAAGCCUUUAAUUGGCUACAGUGAUGAUGUUACAGCUGAUGUCAUUGGUGGAAAGUUUGAUGAUUUUAUUGGGGAAAAUGGUGAUGAUUUGAUUGGUGGAAAUGGUGAUGAUUUGAUUGGUCAGAAAGUAGCCAAUGAAAAAGAUGAUAAUGUCACAAGUGAUCUUGGUAGUAGUCUUGAAAGGACAGUGACAAUUUGAUUUGUAAUUGAUUUAUACAUAUGCAUGAUCUCAUAGAAGUAUUAUCAUUAUACCAACAGCGAAUAUAAACAGCAACAGAAUAAAUGGCCCAUAUCAGCUGAAAUAAUGUUCAUC